AUGGAGGCGAAUGAACGCAAAAAUGUUGCCGUGAUUGGCACGGGGAUGGCUGGGCUAGUUGUAGCAUACAUGCUCAGGAAUGAUCCUAGGGGGAGAUUUAACGUGCAAGUAUUUGAAAAGCAAGACAAACUUUCUCUCGACUCCGCAUCAUACAAUCUCACGGACCAGAAUGGGGGAGACUCAAAGCCCGAACGCCUCGAUCUUCCUAUGCGCACAUUCGCCGAGGGAUACUACGAAAGUCUCAAACGAAUGUAUGAUUAUUUCGGCAUCCCAUAUGGCUCGUUACGGUUUAUUUACUCCCUGUCGACACUACCGGACAAUGCCUCAGAACAAACCUCUCCAUACUACAUGCAUUCCUCAAAUAACCAUCAACUACCUCCUCUGCGUCCGAAGGGGUUAUCAUGGACUGGGUGGCUGAUCGAGGUGUGCUACCUGGCAAUAUGCUAUUAUUGGUUCAAAGCCUGCUGCUUCUUUGUAGCGCCCAAAACGCUAGAGUCUUCUGGCACGGAGGAAUCUCUGCGUCAAUACGUGGAGCGAAUUAUGUUACCCAGCUAUUACGUGAAACAUUACUUCCUGCCGGUCUUCGCGAGCGUUGCGACUUGCUCACACGACGCGCUCAUGGAUUUCCCUGCUCUUGAUCUGGUCGAUUAUGGGAGACGGACCUUCCGCAAACAUCACUACACUGUUCUUGGUGGCGUCCAGCAUGUUGAGCAAAAGCUGUCUGAAGAUUUGACGUAUAAACUUGGCAUGAAGGUGACGGCCGUCGAGAAUGUUGGCGCAAAGGUUCAAGUGAGCUGGACAGAUACCCGUGAUGGCCAGACCAGCUCACGGCUAUUUGACCAUGUCGUUUUGGCCGUGACGCCUGACGUGGUUGGCGCAAUAUUCCAGCCUCUCCGAAGCGCAAUGAAGGCCGUUCCCACAACGACCGUUCAAUCCGUUGUGCACCGCGACUUUUCCCGGAUUCUAGAUUCUAGCAAAUCCCUCUGGGCGCAAGUGUCCUUGAAAUCCGGUGAAUCAGCACCUCACCCACUCCAUAUGUGCUCAAAUGAUACGGUGACUGAGACCGUUCAUGAACAUCCCUCAUCCGCUCUUAUCACGACGUAUCCUGUUACUCCGAUUGACCCUGAGAAGAUCUUGCACACUGCCACAUUCACUCGUGUUUUGCGAUCGACGACCAGCAGACAAGUGGUUAACCAGAUUUUCGGUCAGAAGAAAUCUGGGGACGAGAAAAGUCAGCUCUGGCGGAAUGGAGAUGGUAAUGUCUGGCUGGUUGGUGGCUGGUGCUGGGACGGGAUGGUCCUGCUCGAGGGGUGUCUCGCUUCCGCGACUAGGGUGGCAAGCGCUCUUGAUGUCGAGGUGCCUUGGAUGAAAGAGUCCUCUUUAUAA